AGACUUAAAAACAAUAAAUUAAAAUGGGUCUCGCCGACUUUUCGCGGAGACAGUGGUUGACGAUAGUUGUAAUAUCGAUAGCUGAUUUUUGUAAUGCAAUAUGUGUUGCACUUCAAGCACCGUUUUAUCCUCAGGAGGCAGAGAAAAAAGGUUGCACAGCCACGGAGUUUGGGCUGGUUUUUGGAGUAUUUGAGCUAGUAGUGUUUCUAGUCAGUCCUAUUUAUGGUGCUCAUCUAAAUAGGCUAGGUCCUAAGCUUCUGUUCAAUGGAGGCAUCCUCACUACGGGAACAUGUGCCAUUUUCUUCGGGAUGUUGGAUAAGGUGGAAGGUCAUGUACCGUUCAUCACGUUGAGCUUCAUCAUCCGAAUUGUGGAGGCGAUGGGUAACGCCGCCUUCCUCACUGCAUCCUUCGCCAUCAUAGCCAAGGAGUUUCCCAACAACGUGGCUACUAUGUUUGCAUCUUUAGAAACCUUCUUCGGUCUAGGCCUGAUCGUGGGCCCAACGUUGGGUGGUGCUCUAUAUGACUAUGGAGGUUACUCCUUGCCUUUCGCCGUGUUGGGUUCAGCGCUAUUCUGUGCCGCUGUCAUGAGCUGCCUCGUGCUGCCGAGGAACCAUGAUGAUGAGGAUCUUAAGCCUGGUGGACCCUCAAUGAUCUCCCUGCUGAAAGUGCCUGGCGUGUCGCUGUCGGCACUCAGUAUCAUGGUCACCAGCAUGAGCAUAGGAUUUCUGCAGGCGACGCUCGAACCACAUCUGCGUCAAUUCCAAUUCUCAUCCAUGGUCCUUGGGCUCAUGUUCGUGAUCAACGGCGGUCUAUACGCGAUAUCAGCGCCCGGCUGGGGCUGGCUGUGCGACCACCCCGCCAUAAGGCCUAAGUACGUCAUCGCUGUGGGCUGUGCGUUCGUGGCUGGUGGCUUCUUACUCAUAGGACCUGCGCCAUUCUUUGAUAUGAACACGCAGAUGUGGGCAGUAGUACUAGGUCUGAUCCUUCACGGGCUGGGUAUGGGCAGUCAGCUCGUCGCCUCCUUCUCAGAUGCACUAUCUACUGCUAUUGCCAGUGGUCUUCCGAACUCCAUAGAAACGUACGGGCUGGUCUCGGGGAUGUGGACAUCAACAUUCGCUCUGGGCGCAUUCAUCGGGCCCACUGUGUCUGGUCUUCUGUUCGACUCUAUAGGCUUCCGAAACUCUACACUCUUCGUUUUUAUUCUGCAUGUGGUUACGAUGGUGAUGAUGCUAAUGUUCACGUGGACCUGCGACCGCUCCUCCAAGAUGGAUGUCUCAGUAUCCGCCGGAGAUUUGCUUCAAAUUGACGGAACCCUUGACGAGAGUGUACUCAUUGGAGACAAGUUCCUACCACCUCCUAGGACUAAGAGAUGGUCCAGCCGAUGCACGGUGGCAGACCCACUGGUUGAAAACAUGAUCGUCGGUGACGCUCUACAGCAGGAUAGAACUAGGAGCCGUCGUUGCGGCAUCAGCGUGGAACAAUCCCGUCCUCCCGCUAUGAACAGCCUCAUAGCUUGCUCCAGCUACAAGAACAGGCGCAGUCCUUGGAGUCAGCGAACUCCUCGUUACAGACCCACCUAUGGAAGCCUCGACCACAGGUACAGAGGAGCUUAUAAUACGUAGAGUUGUAAUGCCUAGUAGGUUAACGUUAGCUGUAGUGUCUUUUUAGACUGUGGUGUAUAUCUUUUUGUGACAGCCUCGGCUAUAGACUUGGUUAGAUUAGGAAAUUUUAAGUAAGUUAAGAUAUUUCAAGUUUGCUUUAAGAAAAUAGAUAUGGGUCUCAUAUGACUGUGCACCAUUUUGAGAUUGAUCGCCUCGGCCAGAGUUCCUAAGAAUGGAACAACCACUUAUGGUACCCUUGGCCACAGAUGCUCAGGCUUUUACAAUAUUCAUGUAGGACGAGAACUUCAGUAACAUAUCGUUUGAGAUAGCACCUGUCAUAGACAGAAAGGUUUAUUUCUUGCAUUUAAUCAAUAUUUAUUUUCUUCUUCAUAUUAUGGUGAGGCUGUCAUGGAAAGAUAUUCUGCAUUAAUGUUUUUUAAUUAUAAUAAUGGACAUCGCUGUUUUCGAUGCAAUGCGAAGUUUUAUUACUACAUCUUUGUUAAUAAACUAGUAUGUUUUAUUUGUAUGUAUAUUAGUACCCUAAACUAAGUUUAAAAUAAGUAACUAUGUAGGUAGCCUUCAAUUUCCUAUUACUUAUGUUAAUUUGUAGUUUUAUAUGUUGUA